GCCCCCUGCCGGACAGCGCUGAGGCGAGGGUUCCCUACGGGAAGGGCUCUGUGAGGGCGUGACACAACCGUUCCUAUCAGCCACCGCCAUGGGCUCUGUGCGUUCCCUGUCUGCUGUCAGCUCUGCCCUGAGCCACAGCAAGGCCGAGGAUGAGGAGGGUGAGAAUUUAUUGGCCAGCCAGGAGCCUGUGGAGGACAUGGCCAAGAUUCCCUACAUGGAAUUCACAGGCCAGGACAGCGUCACCUGUCCCACCUGCCAAGGCACUGGAUGCAUCCCUACAGAGCAGGUGAACGAAUUGGUAGCUCUGAUCCCCUACAGUGACCAACGGCUUCGCCCUCAGAGAACGAAACUCUAUGUGCUGCUCUCAGUGCUUCUCUGCCUUCUGCUGUCUGGCUUGGGGGUUUUCUUCCUGUUCCCCCACUCCGUGCUGGUGGACGAUGAUGGCAUCAAAGUGGUCCAGGUGUGGUUUGACAGGAAAAACUCUGCUGUCCUCCUGGCCAUCACGGCCACCCUGAGGAUCAGAAAUUCCAACUUCUACUCGGUGGCAGUGAGCAGCCUGAGCAGCCAGGUGCAGUACAUGAACACUGUGGUGGGCAGCCAGCAGCUCACCAACGUUUCCAGCAUCCAGCCCCUGAGGGACAAACUGGUGAAUUUCACCGUGAAGGCAGAGCUGGGUGGAUCCCUAUCCUAUGUGUAUUUUUUCUGCACUUUGCCCAAGGUGAAGGUCCACAACAUCGUGAUCCUCAUGAGGACCUCGGUGAAGCUCUCCUACAUCGGCCACAGCACCCAGAGCGCCCUGGAGACCUUCCAUUACCUGGACUGCAGCUCCAACUCCACGGCGCCGCUGCCUGCCCUGGCCCGGGGGGCUCCCUGAGGGCUCCCGGGGGGCUCUGGGCGACCUGGGGCUACCUCAGGCUGGCAGCAGGCACCGGGAGUGUGUGGGGGCAAACCCAGCAGCUCCGAGGCUCCUUCUCUUCCU